AUGCUUAGUGAUUUAGUCUACUGUCCCGAUAUUGACUAUGCUAGUGAUUUAGUCUACUGUCCCGAUAUUGACUAUGUUAGUGAUUUAGUCUACUGUCCCGAUAUUGACUAUGUUAGUGAUUUAGUCUACUGUCCCGAUAUUGACUAUGUUAGUGAUUUAGUCUACUGUCCCGAUAUUGACUAUGUUAGUGAUUUAGUCUACUGUCCCGAUAUUGACUAUGUUAGUGAUUUAUUCUACUGUCCCGAUAUUGACUAUGUUAGUGAUUUAAUCUAUUGUCCCGAUAUUGACUAUGUUAGUGAUUUAGUCUACUGUACCGAUAUUGACUAUGCUAGUGAUUUAGUCUACUGUCCCGAUAUUGACUAUGUUAGUGAUUUAGUCUACUGUACCGAUAUUGACUAUGCUAGUGAUUUAGUCUACUGUCCCGAUAUUGACUAUGCUAGUGAUUUAGUCUACUGUCCCGAUAUUGACUAUGUUAGUGAUUUAGUCUACUGUCCAGAUAUUGACUAUGCUAGUGAUUUAGUCUACUGUCCCCAUAUUGACUAUGCCAGUGAUUUAGUCUACUGUCCCGAUAUUGACUAUGCCAGUGAUUUAGUCUACUGUCCCGAUAUUGACUAUGCUAGUGAUUUAGUCUACUGUACCGAUAUUGACUAUGCUAGUGAUUUAGUCUACUGUACCGAUAUUGACUAUGUUCGUGAUUUGGUCUACUGUCCAGAUAUUGACUAUGCUAGUGAUUUAGUCUACUGUCCCGAUAUUGACUAUGUUAGUGAUUUAGUCUACUGUCCAGAUAUUGACUAUGCUAGUGAUUUAGUCUACUGUCCCGAUAUUGACUAUGCUAGUGAUUUAGUCUACUGGCUCGAUAUUGACUAUGCUAGUGAUUUAUUCUACUGUCCCGAUAUUGACUAUGCUAGUGAUUUAGUCUACUGUCCAGAUAUUGACUAUGCUAGUGAUUUAGUCUACUGUCCCGAUAUUGAUUAUGCUAGUGAUUUAGUCUACUGUCCCGAUAUUGACUAUGCUAGUGAUUUAGUCUACUGGCUCGAUAUUGACUAUGCUAGUGAUUUAUUCUACUGUCCCGAUAUUGACUAUGCUAGUGAUUUAUUCUACUGUCCCGAUAUUGACUAUGUUAGUGAUUUAGUCUACUGUCCCGAUAUUGACUAUGCUAGUGAUUUAGUCUACUGGCUCGAUAUUGACUAUGCUAGUGAUUUAUUCUACUGUCCCGAUAUUGACUAUGCUAGUGAUUUAUUCUACUGUCCCGAUAUUGACUAG